AUGAGCAUCGUGACCAGCAAACAGGGCAAUUACGGGCUGACAGCAGCCAACAAAGAUCUUAAUCCCCUUAGAGACUUCUGCUCCUACCCCUGGGACUCUGGGCCAUGCAGAGGCGUUGAGCGCCGCCUCUUCUAUAACGCGACCUCCCAGAAGUGUGAGACGUUCCGUUAUGGCGGGUGCCUGGGGAACCUAAACAGGUUUAUCACUCUGGAGGAAUGUCAGCGCAGCUGUGGGAAGAUUGAAAAACCAGGGUUUUGCCUCCCGAGCCCCAAAGGCCUCUUCGUAGAGUGUUCAACAGCUUGUGUUCAUGAUGGAAACUGUCCUGGGCCCCAGAAGUGCUGCUCCUACGGCUGUUCCCUGCGCUGCUCUGGCCCCAUUAAAGACUUGUGCCUGCUGCCUGCUGAGACUGGCCCCUGUGACAAUGUGGUCCUGCGCUGGUUCUACGACUGGCAUGCGAAGAAGUGCCAGAAAUUCACCUAUGGUGGCUGUGCAGGGAACAAGAAUAACUUCAGGACACACAAGGCAUGUCAGAGCAGGUGUGCCCAGCAAGAGAUGCCACUGGGAGUUGAACCUGGGUCCUUCUGCAUGCCCAGCCUGAGCCCCCUGCGUGAGGCCGACUUCUACUGA